GAAAAAGAGGGAAAAUCGGCCAAUAAUUAGUGUUUUCAAGAACGUUCCACACCUUUUUCGAUUUUUAUUUUAGUACCAGUGAAUAGAGCGCGAAAAAUUGCGUCUAGCAUGUACGUGUCACAUUGGUUCAAGAUUUCGUUUGGAAUGCAGAGGCGACACGGUGAAGGAUUGUGGCCGAUUUUUGACUAUUUUUCCUUUUUCUCUUAAUAUUUUUGCUCAAAAUGCGCUCACACUGCAUUUUGGGAUAUUACAUAUUUGGAUAGAGCAACUAUUUUCACCAAUAACUGUUUAGUUUCAAGUUUUUUGAAUGACUCUUUCUUGGUGAAAAUCUGCAAACUAUCAAUUGGACUGACCUUGACCAACCUUCAGUUUUUGGCAUUCAACUCCACGAAAUGUUUACUUUUUCUAACUUUAGAUCCCAUAUUCGUGAUCAGCACAAAAUUCUGAGUCAGAAAAGGUGUGUUUCGAAAAUUUUAGAGGAAAAACGUUUUUCGAUGUUCCAAAGGGGGACGUUUGCUCUUAAAUUUUUCGAUAAAAAUCAAAAUGCGAUUUUUGGAAAAGUGAGACGUCUAAAAUACUCAGAAUUUUACGCUGAUUCCGAAUGUGUAAGUUUUAUUGGGGUGCUCGAUACUAGCUUAUCCUUCCCCGUCCUUUUGUGAUGAGAACAAAUAAAACUAUUGUCUGAAAGCCAUCUAACUUCGAUAUUACGCUUUAACACCCAUUGUCCCCUGGAACAGACAUUAGUGGAUGUCGUCGAAUCUCUAAAGCAAGGGACGACACGUCCGAUCAAAAAACGUACUACUUUCCAAUGUAAGCUGAUAAUAUAAGGUAGCGGGUGUCAACAACAAAAUUAUUUUUCAUCAAAUCUAAACAACGGUACACGCGUUUCUGGUUUGCUUUACAUAAUCAGCGGUGAGAUGUAAAACGUUAUUUUGUAUUAUUCUUCAUAUACAGUUAUGUUUAGCUUAAUUCUGUCAGUUUUAUCUUCAUAAUUGAAGAUACUCAUGUAGUAUGUCCGCUGUGACAUUUAUUUUUAUUUUUAAACAACAGCAUAUAGAGUAUAGUGAUGCCGCUAUGUCCUCCAAAAUGUCUAAUAUGUCCAAAAUGUCCAAGAUGGACAAAAUGUCGUUGUUCAUGUACAAAAGCUGAUUUGAAAGAACAAAUACUAUUAAUCCUGACGAUAUUAUCAGUUGUGUUAGGUGUCGCUAUUGGUAUUGCAUUAAGGAAAAUUAAAUGUGAAACAGAUGAACGAAUUAAUGGUUGUAGGAUUACAAAAGAAGAUAUAACCUAUAUUCAAUUUCCUGGUGAUCUUUUUAUCAAUGUAUUAAAAAUGUUAAUUUUACCAUUGAUUGUCUCAUCGAUUAUAUCCGCAUUGGCCCAACUGGAUGCAGCAACAGCCGGUAAGAUGGGUGUAAGAGCAGUGAUCUAUUAUUUAAGUACAACAAUUAUUGCUGCCAUUAUUGGCAUUAUAUUGGUAUUAACAAUUAGACCAGGAAAACGAGGUGGAUCAGUGGAAAGAGAUCCGGAUGCAAAAUCAGCUGAAGGACGAACAGCAGAUACAGUUUUAGAUUUAUUCAGAAAUAUAUUUCCGGAUAAUAUAGCAGAAGCAAUGUUUCGAUCGUCUGCAACAGAUUUAAAAGCGAUAAAUGUUACGGUCAAGAUGGUUGUGAAUAGUACAAUUGUGACAGAAACAAGAAAAGCUUUGGAAGCAAAAGUGGUGAAAAAAGAUAAUAUCAAUGUGUUAGGUUUAUUGGUAUUUUGUGUAUUUUUUGGUAUUCUUAUUAGCCGUUUGAAAGAGAAAACAGUUAUACUAAAACAAUUUUUUGAAGCACUAUUGGAAGUAGUUAUGCAAUUGGUUCGAUUAGCCAUGUUAUAUAGUCCAAUUGGUAUAUUCUUUUUAAUUGUCGCCAAAAUUCUUGAAAUGAAAGAUUUGGCUGCAUUUGCUGGUAGCUUAGGACUUUAUAUGGCUACCGUUCUGACUGGUCUAUUUAUACACGGUUUCAUUGUUCUACCAUUAAUAUUAUUUGUUAUAACACGACGCAAUGUAUUUAAAUUUACAAGUAGAAUGAGUCAAGCAUUGUUAACUGCAUUUGGGACAGGAUCAAGUUCAGCUACUCUUCCUGUAACUUAUCGAUGUGUUGAAGAAAAAAAUCACGUUGAUAAACGUGUAUCAAGAUUCGUUUUACCGAUCGGAGCUACCGUGAAUAUGGAUGGGACAGCCUUGUACGAAGCCGUAGCUGCUUUAUAUAUUGCACAGUUGAACGAUAUACCGUUAAAUGCUGUUAAAAUAAUAGUGACAAGUUUAACAGCAACUUUGGCAUCUAUCGGUGCUGCAAGUAUACCACAAGCUGGUCUUGUCACUAUGGUUAUUGUUUUGAAUGCCCUAGGUUUACCGAGUGAUGAAGUGAAAACAAUUUAUGCUGUCGACUGGUUACUGGAUCGUUUUCGUACAGCUAUUAAUGUAUUUGGGGAUUCAAUUGGUUGUGGUGUUGUAGAACAUUUAUCACGAAAAGAGUUAGCGGCAUUUGAUGAGAACGAGAAUUAG